AUGCUUUUUUCAUCUAGACUUUACAGCAGCAAGAGUGCAAACUUCUAUAUAGUCGUAAAGAGGGUCAACGGCAAGAAAGUAAAAACAAAAAUAGAUACAAAAACAUUUUGCCUUUUGAUCAUACCAGAGUUGUUCUACAUGACGGAGAUGCAAAUGAACCAGUUUCAGACUAUAUCAAUGCUAAUAUUAUUAUGCCUGAAUCUGAAACUAAGUGCAACAAUUCAAAGCCAAAAAAAAGUUACGUUGCUACUCAAGGCUGCCUGCAGAACACAGUGAAUGACUUCUGGAGAAUGGUAUUCCAGGAGAACUCUCGCGUUAUCGUUAUGACAACAAAAGAAGUCGAAAGAGGAAAGAGUAAGUGUGUCAAAUACUGGCCUGAUGAAUACGCGUUAAAGGAAUACGGGGUUAUGCGUGUUAGGAAUGUUAAGGAAAGUGCAGCUCAUGACUAUACGCUAAGAGAACUCAAACUUUCUAAAGUUGGUCAGGGGAACACUGAGAGAACAGUCUGGCAAUAUCACUUCAGAACCUGGCCUGAUCAUGGAGUACCCAGUGAUCCUGGUGGUGUCCUGGACUUCUUAGAGGAGGUCCACCACAAGCAGGAAAGCAUUGCUGAUGCAGGUCCUGUUGUGGUACAUUGCAGUGCUGGGAUUGGGCGAACAGGAACUUUCAUUGUGAUUGAUAUUCUUAUUGACAUAAUCCGAUUAAAAGGUGUGGACUGUGAUAUUGAUGUUCCAAAGACCAUUCAGAUGGUGAGAUCACAGCGGUCUGGGAUGGUUCAGACAGAAGCACAGUACAGAUUUAUUUACAUGGCAGUACAGCACUAUAUUGAAACACUACAGCGUAGAAUUGAAGAGGAGCAGAAGAGUAAGAGGAAAGGGCAUGAAUACACAAACAUUAAAUAUUCUUUAUCGGACCAGAUAAGCGGGGAUCAGAGCCCACUCCCACCAUGUACUCCGACCCCAGCCUGUCCAGAAAUGAGAGAAGAUAGUGGUGCUAGAGUAUAUGAAAAUGUGGGGUCGAUGCAGCAGCAGCAGAAAAGCUUCAGAUGAGAUGUACAGAAACUUUCAUGCAAAGGAAGAAAUGAAUAUUGUUUUAAAAAAAAUCAAGAUAGAGAUGGAACAAGCUUCACAUGAAGAAUGAACGGUGAAGGCUUGGUACCUUUUUAUUUAUGGUGUUUAUCCCUUCAAUAGUAAGCGAAACUUAAGACCAUCUAAAGAUCAUUAUAUCCUUUCUCUCCAAUACCUGAUUUACAAUUGCUCACUUUUCACGUGAAAGGGAAAUCUUCUCUACAAUGAGGAAAGAUAUUUUGUAAAAUAUGAUUUGUGAAUCCAGGCAACAGUUAGAUUGGCAUUAAUCUGCUUCAAAUAGCAUUUUUGUUUCAAAAUCUAGUUAUUAGCAUUAUUUCUUGUCAGAGCAGUUGUGGGGAUUGUUUUUGUUUUUUUGUUGUUGUUGCUGUUGUUCGUUUUGUUUUUUUGUGAUGGGGAAGCAAUGAUGUGGAUAAGUCCAUUACAUUAAUAUCAAAUAGUAAUGGGACCAAAACUUGAUUGUUUGAAGACUGGAUCACCCAUAUUCAUACAUGAUAAAAUUAGCCCUAAUACCGUUCAAACUUGGUUUGACAUGGGUGAGCAGUUAAUCUUUGAUAUGAAGGUGUUUUUUGGUAACAGCUGUUGCCUUUGAUUACUUCUCAGCUGUGUUGCUGGAUGGGCUAUUUUUGAGUAACACAAUCUCUAGAUGACCUGUACCCACAAUACCAAUUUACGGCCACUCUGUCAAAAACACAGCUAUAGGGGCGCUGCCUAUGUUAAUUUGUCAGUGUUCAUUUAUUAAGCAGGAGAUCUGA